AUGGCAUCGGCUAACUUACCCAGCUUCUCCGCAACAGAAUUUGAUAAGUCUUCUCCCUCAGCAUAUGCAUCAAACCUCACAGCAAAUUGGGGUGAAUUCUACAAUGAAGCCCACAUUGACAACGAUGUCAACUCAAUCUCCUAUGGUGGAUGGUGUGGAAUCAAUCAACAGACUGGGAAACCAGCAUCUCAAGCAGAUGGAUUCGAUGUUGAAUAUGGACAAUUCGUUCUUCCAGGUAUAUCAACUGUAGUUGAUUUCAAUGCAAUGGAUGGAUGGACGGACCUCUUCUGGGCCUCAAAUCUCCUUUACCACCAAACUGUCAAAUCCCAGAAGCCUUCGGAUAGUCCUUUCUCCCGCACGUGA